AUGGCGGCGCGCGCCAAGUACCCGAGGACGACGGGGUACGAGAUUUUGGAUCAGCGCGCGAGAGCGGGGGUGUACGCGGUGGCGAAUCUCGCGUCCGGGUGCGGCAGCGACGCGAUAUGUCGCGCGGACGCGGGCGAGUGCGGCGACGUCGUCGCGAGCGCGGGGGCGCCGGAUCGACUCGUCUCCUCCGUCGUGACGUCUAAGAUCGAACGAGCGACGCAACGGGGCAAGCCGGAGGGAAAAGGCGAGAACGGCCUCGUGACCUUACCCAGCGGGACGUACCCGCUCUUCGGCUCGGACGCGAGCGCGCUCCCGAGAUGCGCGUGGGACGAGGGGUGCUCCGUGUGCGGCGGCGACAUCGCCGCCGGUCCCGUGCUUCUCUGCGACGACUGCGACGGCGAGUACCACUGCGCGUGCCUCUCCCCGCCGCUGCCCUCCGUGCCGGACGGCGAGUGGUUCUGCCCCGGGUGC